AGUGAUGGUGUGGGCUGCUGAGUUUUCACUGAGCAUCGAGUUGCACGCAGCGGUUGAAUAGAGUGAUACGCCAAAAACGACACACGCGUAUUUAUUUUUGCGACGUUUGAUAACAUUAGCAAGGCGUCGGAUUGCAUUUCUAAUUGAAGGUCAUCGCUUACCGCAGAGAUGAAUUUUGAGCAGCCCCCUCCGUACAGUGGCGCCACCGCUCCAGGAUAUCCACCCCAGGGCCCACCUCCUCCACAGGGCUACCCGCCACAAGGGUACCCACCACAGGAAUACCCCCCACAGGGUUUCCCCCCACAAGGGUACCCAGCCACUGGUCAACCGCCGUACCAGCCCUACCCAGGACAACCGCAAUACUGGCAAGGGGGACCACCACCAGGACCAAUGUAUGGGGAGGCUCCCAAAAACACAGUCUACGUGGUGGAGGAUCGCAGGCGGGACGAUGACACGUGUCUGACAGCUUGUUGGACCGCACUGUGCUGCUGCUGCCUUUGGGACAUGCUGACAUAACUCUGACUUAGUUGAACCCCAUUACCCCAAAGACCCCCAUAUUUGUGCCUCAGACCCCCUCUCCUCCACCUGUUCUCCUGUUCUCCUGCUCUCAUUUGCCUUAAACCAUCAUACGGCCCUGCUCCCUCUCUCACUCUUAUGGUUAUCUAUAAAUAAUUGACAAAUCCUAUUGGGAAGUGUCCUCCCCAAAACACCAGAGUAGUUUGAUGAGUAGCCUACAGCGCGGACUGACUUUGACUGACUUGGUCCAGGGGCAAGUCUGUGACUCCUUCAAACUCUACACCUCCGGGAUGACGCUUCUCAAUAUCAGACUGCAUUCAUACUUGGUUCCUGGUUAAGUCUUGAUGUAGACCUGGUUUAGUCCUGGUCUAAUCCUGGCCCAGUAUGUCCACCACGUAGACUUACUAAUAGCAGCACAGCGUUUACUGUUGUAUUAUAUCUAUGCCAUUGACACACAUCAAUGCAAACACACAGUAACGUUAGACUCAGGCUCUAUGGCACUUUAUGAAGAUUUUACCUCUGUAAGAUAUGACUCCUGCCUGGCCCUCUGUCCAUCUAAUACUAUGAUACUUUGCAGUGUUAUCACACUGGAGGGGUACUGCAUUUAUGUCUGUGGAGGAAUGUUCAACAGUUACCACGCUGACACAAGGCACACAUUAGUAAACACAGCCUGAUAAGUUUUUAGACUGUUAGAAGACUCAAGAAAAAGAAAAUACAAAAUUUUGAGGAUGUUUUCAUUUUAGAAUUUGAACAAAAAAGCUGAACGUGAAUGAAAAACUGACUUUAAUGUAAUUUGAGAGAGACUUUUUUAACAGUACAAGAUGGUCUCACCUGUUGUAGUUCCAACUAAGUCAGUUCUUUAUGGUUGGAUUGUGUUAAAAAAAAGCACAGAUAACUUGAGCGCUACAGACGGAGCAGUGCCUCCUGUUAGAACCCAGAUUGUUGAUGACAUCAGCUGCAAAGUAUCAAUACCCUAGCUCUGCUUUCAACCUGCUCCCCUUGACUAAACCUGAUCCAAGUCCGCCUCUUUCAGAAUCCUGUGAAUCCUUGGCGAGUAAUGAGCCACAGACCACUGUUAUAACACCUAUUCUUUUGCACAGUGGCUAUAUUUGCCAAUGAUUGUUCAGGUGAAAUCACAAACGGAAAUCAAAUGCAUUUUUAAAGAUGUCACUGAUUUAUGUAGACUGUUGGUCAUUUGUUUCAUUUCAAUGUGAUCUUAAAAUAAUUACAUGUGUAUGAAUGCUAUUUUUAUUUAAUGGGAAAUAAUAUUUAAUACCUAGUCUAAGGUAAUGUGAAAACUGAAGAAACCAAAUGUAAUGUAAAUGCCUUUUUGCUUUUAAGUAAAAAUCUUGCAUUAAAAUAUUGAAUUCCCACGUUA